CUCCGAGCAACUCGCCCACGUGUGCAGUCCGCCCCCUUCACUACAUAUCCUCUCCCCCCUCUUCUCCACCAUCGCAAUGUACGCCGUGCACGUGACGCUCGUCAAGGCUGUGGACCUGCCGUCCGCCGACUUCAACGGCAAGAGCGACCCGUACGUGGUCUUCAAGCUGGCCAACACGGAGCACAAGAGCUCCAUGAUCCCGGCCAACCUCAACCCGGAGUGGGACCCGGAGGAGACGUUCGCCUUCAUCGCCGACGACCCCAAGAGCGCCGUGCUGGACGUGCAGGUGUUCGACCACGACCGCAUCUCCAAGGACGACAAGAUCGGCUUCUGCGCCAUCCCGCUGGCCGAGCUGCAGGACAAGCCCGAGUCCGAGGUGCUCAUGUACGAGCUCGAGGUCCCCGCCGCCUUCGCCAAGCAGAAGCGCAAGAGCGCCAUCAUGCUCGAGAUCAAGCUCGAGAAGGAGGACUAAGACGCUCUGGUAGGUGUGUUCCUAACGAACUAAUCGAGUCUUUCAUUUCUUCGCUGU